GUGAUAACUUGCAACGGGACCAAUAUAAUUUACAUUGCCAAGGCCAAUCACGUGACACGACAGAUUGUCGUCCGCAUUCGGCAACUAUCGCGAUCCACUUGCAACGACUUCUCUUGCUACACACACGCUCUGUCAACAAUAUAACGUACAACUGCGAAUUGCCUAUGCCUCGCAUUUGUAUGCUCUGCCGAUGGCCAUCUAAACUACGUAGACGAGCACGGCGCUCGCGGAUGUUGACAAUGAUUAUCCUCCUCUCGGUCAUAUGUAUCCUGGUCACCCCCUUAUACAUCAUAUAUAAGCCGCCGAACACCUUGAUACGGUAUUUCCAGUACCGCUGGCCAGAUGUUCUUUGGCGUGUCCCCACAUCAUCCAAAAUGAUCGCGCUUACGAUCGAUGAUACGCCUUCAAAGCACACGGCGGAGAUUAUGGAGAUCCUCAAGGAAAACGACGCGAGAGCAACGUUCUUUGUCAUAGGCUCGCAGGUAGAAGGGCGCGAAGAGAAGCUGAGAGAUUUGGUGCGCAAUGGGAAUGAGCUGGGGAACCACGCUAUGCACGACGAGCCUUCCCGCGCGCUGAGCAACCAAACGCUAGUCGCCGAGAUCAAGGCUGUUGAGGAGAUGGUUCUCGAGGCAUAUACUGCUGCCAGCGUUGAGCCCCCUCCAAAGUAUUUCCGGCCUGGCUCUGGAUUUUUCAGCGAGCGGAUGCGUGAGACCCUGGGAGGGUUGGGUUACAGGCUGGUCCUGGGCAGCAUUUAUCCUCACGAUCCUCAGAUUUCAUCCUGGCGGCUUAAUGCGAGACAUAUUCUGAGCAUGCUACGACCGGGUGGGAUUAUUAUUUGUCAUGAUAGGCGAAGCUGGACUGCGCCUAUGCUCCGAAAGGUGCUUCCCGAAAUGCGGCGGAGAGGCUAUCAAAUUGUCACCGUUACGGAGCUGCUGAAAGCGAGGACUUGACGUCGUUGCAAGUCCCGUCUCCGUGGGCUUAACAGCAGUUCAUGUUGCCGCAUAUGUUCGCAAACAUCCGCAGACCUUUCCAAUAUGGCACAUAUCUAUGCUAUUAUCCUGUUUGUGUCUAUUGACCCUCAAAGUUGGCGAUAUAUAUAAAAUAUUUAAUGGAGCCGUCGAUGGGGGCCCGACGUUCUACCGUUACCUGGACGUCAGGAACAUACGUAAUGGGUCAUUACAAGACAGAAGAAGGGCAUCGACGUAUGGGCUAUACCGAUAUGUUUUAUGGCAGGAUGACUGCAACCGUGGCAACAUUGUACAGUACAAUAAUUAUGUAUUAUGAUAACGUGGUUUAUCAGUACGUCGCACAUAUCAGUACCUCGGACACUUUUCCUUAGCAUUCAACUUUGAAUAUAAGGAGCUGGAAGCCUCAGAAGGAGGCCUCCAGCCGAUAGUCGCUGUACAUACGUAGACCUACUGUCUUGCAAUACGAUCUCACUUCCUGCCUUCUGACCUGGUUCCCUGGACUCCCGUGAGACCCUGGGCUUACGCGUUACAAUUCUAUCGGCUCAACCCAUAUCCAGCCUACCAGUUCAGAAUGGCCAGCCAGGAAAGAAGGAUCACCCGGGUGAUCCCGGGAGGAGCGACGCGACCGUAGAAGCUGUCAAGCCAGACUUGAGGCCUACCACCACAGAAGUCAACAACUCUGCGACAGGCAAGCCCCAGGAUAUGGCCUCAAAGCUGGCCGACCUUCAGAAAAGAAUAGACAAAGAGAGGGCCUAUAUCAAUACUAGGAAGAAGCCUUACAGCUAUUCCGACGGUCGCACGGCGAGGACUAUAGCUCCUACCCUGAGGAAGUAAGGGCCUUUGCAGAGAAGCAAGCCCAGAUCCAAGAAGAAAGUCGUCGGAAAAGGCGACGCCAAGAGAUUGAAGAAGAAUGGGUAGGACCCCAAACAGAGGAUGACCACGAGACUGCCUCCACUGUAUCCAGGGAGGUAAGGCCAGCCCAUAGGCCAAUGGGUAGGGUCAAGGAACCCAAGGUGUACAGGGGCGAUGUCAUACUGACAUUCGUUGCACUCAGUUUGCUAUCAAACUCAAGAGCAAACUUAGAAAUCUCCUCCUCAAACCUACAAGUCACCAUACAUAUCUUGG